GACAUUGGGCGCCAGGAUGUAGACGACCUACGAGAGCAUUAUGAGCAGACGCUGGAGACGACUCGGGCUCAGACGGAGCUGCGAACAAAGCGCUUGCUUGACACACAUGCUCGAGUAGUAGAGGGCCUUGAAAAGGUUGGCAGACUGGGGGCAAAUGAUAAAGUAUCGAAAGCAGAUAAGCUUGGAAAAGAUAAAUAA